GCUUGUUAAUGUAAAACUACGACUCCCAACAAGCUGAUCAAUGAUAUAUAUCGAUGUUGAAUUUUUUGGCGCAAGUGGAGCUUAUUCUUCAGUCACGUUUCCUAUAUAUUGACUUUUGGACAUUGCUUUUAUGAGCUUUCUAAAGUACAAGUUUUUGGAUGAAAGACAAGAUUUCCUCAGUUCCGUUUGUGACUAACUUGUAUCAAGAAUGAAAAUUUGUCAAUUAAUAAGUAAGACAUUGCAUGACCGAUUGUGGAGACCUUCUGGAGGACGUCCAGUUCAAAUAUCAGUCUCAGCUGCCUGUUUCUCAGGGUCAUGCUUGUGGAAUUCUAGAAAGAAAAACCUGAGUCAGUAUGAAAUGGUCAACCAGGAAGAAUAUUCCUUGUUGGUUCGUUCCGUGGUGUCCUCAAAACUCUGCCCCCAAACACCAACAAGCUUAGCCGAGGAAGAUGGACAGCUUUAUGGACCCAUCGUUAAAUCAAAGCCUGUUAAGGGCAAACACAGCGGCAGAGUUCUUAGAAAUGCUUUUCCUUUGAUGAGCCACAGUAAAGUAUUUAACCAUUCCCCUGAGCCUUCACUGGUCACUCCUUUAAAGAUUGCUUUGCAUAAAGAUCCAAGUAAAUUGGAAAUGGUUAGUGUGACUCGAAUCUUGCAGGAGACAAUGCCUGCGGAUCAAGCUUUUUAUUUAGAGCGGUGGAGAAAAAAAAUGAUUGAUCAAUUAGGGGAAGAUGGCUUUGAAAACUACACUAGAAGUUUAUUUAGACAAGGAAAACUGUUUCAUGGUGCCUUAGAAGAGAUCUUCAUGCCCACUGAGUCUCAAGAAGCAGAUGAAGAAGAAGUGCAAAUAUCUGGAUACAUUGAGAGUGUACAGCAUGUCUUAAAAGACAUUGGUCACGUGUAUGCAAUUGAAAGUGCAGUGCAGCAUCAUUCUCUCAAUUAUGUUGGCUUGGUGGACUGCAUAGCUGAAUAUCGUGGUAAUUUAUGUGUAAUUGAGUGGAAAACAUCUGAAAAACAAAAGCCUUCCCUACGCAACACUUUUGACAACCCACUGCAAGUUGCUGCAUAUAUGGGUGCCAUUAAUAAUGAUGAUAAAUAUGGAUUUACGGUAGAAAAUGGCCUGAUUGUGAUUGCAUACAAAGAUGGUUCACCAGCACACCCGCACUACAUGAACACAGAAGUCUCCAGGGAGCAUUGGACCAAGUGGCUCUUUCGUUUAGAGGAAUAUAUGGACAAAAAAGACAAAAUAAUAGUGAAAAGCUGAGUACUCACCUUUUAAUCUGCAAAAGCAGAAUGUAACCACAGCAUAUUGCAGUUAUAAUGUGAAAAUAUUUUUGUGUAGAAUUUAUAUACUUUUUAAUAAAAUACUGUUUAUAUGGAGCAAGAAUUGCAAUGUUUAUACCACAAUAUAGUAUAAUUCUUGGAUUGAACCUUUUAUUUAUAAUACCACUUGUACUUUUGCUUACUUAAGAUGGGAGCAUUAGGCCAGUUAAAUGUGAUUGUUUUCAUAAUAUAGUACUCUGUAUAUCACCACAUUUUAGUAAACUGCAAAUUUUAAUUGCGCCUUUUAUGCAGUAGUAAUGACAGUUUUAUUCUUUGGUCAAGUACCAUUUAUUGUGGACUAGUAAAAGCCAGAAAAAUGAUUACUAAAAUAUUUUAUUAUUGGAAAAAAUAAUCCAUUGCUGUACAUUAUCAUCUUUCACUACAGCUCUCUCUACAUUCAUUUUAUACAUAAAAAAAUUGUAACCCACACUGAGGAGGGCAUGCUAUUGUGAGCCUCCAUUAACAUAACACAGUACGCAAUGCUCUCAAAUUAACUGUGCCUGUUUAGAUUAAAAUAGUUGAUGUUGCUGGUGUUUAUUUCUCAAGCUGCCUAAAUAUUUUUUGGUAUCAGCAAAGUUUUUUUAUUCCUUCUUCAUUUUAUAUUUUAGGUCAUUCUAAUGGAUCAGAAACUACCCUAAGCUCUUUUAGCACAGGUCAGUUAUGCAGGAACUAGAAAAUCUUGUAGGCUGCUAGUUUUCAUUUCACGUGAACUCCUACUCAAUAGUAUGUUUCAUUUAAAACAAAAAAUAAAUAAA